ACUAUGGGUAGAAACACAGUGUCAUCUCUACAUACACAGUUCUGGAAAUCGUAGGUAAAGAUUAAUAUUAGUUUUAGCUGGUUGGGAGGUACUGGCAGGUAGGUACAAAGCUAGCGGGUGCUUACCAAAGAGCACAAGAUCAUUUGUCACUAAGAAUACAAAACUGGUUGUCCUAAAGCUAGGGUCUACUGAUUUAAUAUAACCAUAUUUAGAAAGCUGCUAGCAACAACUUUGCUGACAGAAAACAAGGCUCGUGUUGGCUUUGCGUGCUGGGAAAUGGAGUUCCUGAGCACUCUGGUUCUGGGGGGAUUGAUGGUGGUUCUGCUGGUGUACCUCAGCUGGAAGGACAGAAAGGGUAUCCGUCUUCCCCCAGGCCCCACCCCUCUGCCCCUGUUGGGAAACUUGCUCCAACUAGACAAGAAAGCGCCAUUCAAGACCUUCAUGAAGCUGAGUGAGACCUACGGGCCGGUUCUGACCGUGUACCUCGGACCUCAGCGGACUGUGGUUCUGGUUGGGUUUAAGACUGUGAAAGAGGCUCUUCUGGACCAAGCUGAUGACUUCACUGGACGAGCUCCUUUGCCAUUCCUGAACAGAGUCGUAAAAGGAUACGGUUUGGCGAUCAGUAAUGGCGAGCGGUGGCGGCAGCUCCGGCGCUUCACACUGAGCACUCUCAGAGACUUCGGAAUGGGCCGCAAGAGGAUGGAGGAGUGGAUCCAGGAGGAGAGCAGACACCUGGUCGACAGCCUGAGUAGCACAAAGUCCACGCCCUGUGACCCCACCUUCUUCCUCAGUCGGGCAGUGUCCAAUGUGAUCUGUGCUCUGGUGUUCGGCCAUCGGUUUGACUACCAGGACGACAGCUUCCUGCACCUCCUCAAGACCUUCUCUGUGGCCGUGCGAUUUGGCAGCAGCCCCUGGGGGCAGCUGUACAACGUGUUUCCGCGGCUGAUGGAGUUCCUGCCGGGGAAACAGCACAGCAUCUUCGCUGGGCUUGACAACUUGAGGGUGUUCGUCAAGGAGAGGAUCCAAAAACACAAGGACACUCUGUGCCAUGAAUGCCCCCGGGACUUUAUCGACUGCUAUCUCAUCAGGCAAAACAAGGAAAAGGAUAGCCCCACGAGUGAGUUUAAUUACGACAACAUGGUAGGCACCGUUCUCAACCUGUUCCUGGCGGGGACGGAGACCACCAGCACCACCCUGCGUUACAGCAUUAUGAUGCUCAUAAAGUAUCCACAGAUACAAGAACGUAUCCAGCUGGAGAUCGACACUGUGAUUGGACGAGAGAGGCUCCCCCUGAUGGAGGACAGGAAGUCCCUCCCCUUCACUGAUGCAGUGAUCCACGAGGUGCAGCGCGUCCUGGACAUCGUGCCUCUCAACAUUCCUCAUUAUUCCACCCAUGACAUCUCAUUCAAGGGCUACACCAUUCCAAAGGAUACAGUGAUCAUUCCCAUGUUGCACUCUGUGCUGAGGGAUGAGCAGCAGUGGGAGACCCCUUGGUCUUUUAACCCGGGUCACUUCCUGGACCAGAAUGACAACUUCAGGAAGAGCCCAGCGUUUAUGCCCUUCUCUGCAGGUAAGCGGAGCUGUGUGGGCGAGUCCCUGGCUCGGAUGGAGCUCUUCCUCUUCCUGGUAGCCCUGCUGCAGCGCUUCACCUUUACCUGCCCGGGUGGGGCCGACAGCCUGGACCCCACCCCCGAGCUCAGCAGUUUCGCCAGCCUUCCUCGGUCGUACGAGCUCAUCGCUACCCCCCGCUGAGCGCGUGCAGUACCGCAACGCAUUUCCAUUCCAAAAACCCGGGAAGAGAUUCUCUUACACCGCCCAGAUCCAGCUGAUCAUGUGACUUUCAAGGACAUAUACUUAAAACAGUCUUUACGUCGGGGGUCCCCCAAGUCUGCUCCUAGAGGACCUCUGGGUGCUCUGCUUUUUAAAGGGGUAUCACCUGGGAAACAGGGCAACACCAAUAAAAACCAUUACAGUUUUCAGUUUCA